GCCACAGCCACAGCUGAGAUUUUGGAGCGCACGAGGCUCUGCGCCUUCGGUCAGCUCGGAGCUUUCCCUGGGACAUCCCUGGAAGAGUUUUCCCAACACACACCCCUCUGGAGAUGUGACCGUGGUACAGCCCGGAGAAUUCCAGGUUAAGAAGCCGAGGGAUCAGUGUUUGCAGGAGCCACUUUGGAGUUCGAUGUGCCCCGAGCAGCGUCUGACCCCAGGCAGGCAAGGAAAGGGGGAUACAUCUCUAAUUCCAGCCUGUGCCCCGAAGGAGGGGGAAAGGAACUGACACACAGCACCUUUCCAACCAGGACAGGAAGAUGUCUUCAUCAGUGCAACUCUUCCGGGACCAGAGGUACCACGAGCUGAAGGGGCAGUGCCUCCAGCAGGGCCGGCUCUUUGAGGAUCCUGAGUUCCCAGCCUCGGAUGAAUCCCUUUACUAUGACUCAGCAGAAAAAGGGAACGUGGAAUGGAAGCGGCCAAAGGAUCUCUGUGAAGACCCCCACCUGCUUGUGGAUGGAAUGAGCUCCCACGACUUCCACCAGGGCAAGCUGGGGAACUGCUGGUUUGUGGCUGCCUGCUCCUGCCUGGCUCUGAGGAAAAGCCUCUGGCAGCAGGUGAUUCCGGACUAUAAGGAGCAGGAAUGGGACCCUAAAAACCCAAGGAAAUACGCUGGGAUUUUCCGUUUCCGUUUCUGGCGCUUUGGAGAGUGGACAGAGGUGGUGGUUGAUGAUCUGCUGCCAACAGAGAACGGGGAGCUGAUCUACUGCCGUUCCAACGUGAGGAAUGAAUUCUGGAGCGCUUUGCUGGAGAAAGCUUACGCCAAGCUGGCUGGAUCCUACCAAGCCCUGGAUGGAGGCUGUGCUGCAGAAGCCCUGGUGGAUUUCACUGGAGCAGUGGCAGAAUCCAUUAAUUUGGCAGAGGGCAAAUACGGAGAGGUUAUUUCUGAGCAGAUGAAGCUGUUUGAAGACUUGAUGAAAGUGCAUAAAAGAGGAGGGUUCAUCAGCUGCUUCAUUUCGGAGUCCUCUGGGCGCCCCAGCGAAGCAGAGACAGAGAUGGGGCUCAUCGUGGGCCACGCCUACUCCGUGACUGCCAUCAGGAAGCUGCGCCUCGGGGAGAGGCUCCUCUUCUCCUUCCAGGCUGAGAAGCUCUUCAUGAUCAGGCUGAGGAACCCCUGGGGGAAUAAAGAAUGGCACGGUGCUUGGAGCGACAGUUCUGAAGAGUGGAAGAAAGUCAGCGAUUCUGAGCGCAGGAAUUUGGGGCUCACUGUUGCGAACGAUGGAGAGUUCUGGAUGACGUUUGAGGACUGGUGUAAGAAUUUCACAGAUGUGGACAUCUGCAGGACUGUGAACACCUCCUACUUCAGCCUCCACAAGACCUGGGAGAAGGAAAUGAUGUUUGGGGCUUGGGCAAAGCAUCCAGAGCCCCUGCUGAACCGAUCUGGGGGCUGCUUUGAUAACAGAGAGACCUUCCUGCAGAACCCCCAGUACCUCUUUGACGUGAAGAAGGCUGAGGACAAGGUGUUGGUGUCAUUACAGCAGGAGGAUCGGCGCAAGUACAAGAAAGAAGGGAAGGGAGACAACAUCACAAUUGGCUUUGAAAUACUCAAGGUGGAGGACAACAGGAGGUACAGGCUGCACAAGCUCACGGUGCAGGAGAGAGUGGCCACGUCUCCCUACUCCAACACGCGCAGCGUGUUCCUGAGGAGAACCCUCCAGCACGGCCGCUACGUCCUCAUCCCGACCACCUACAUCCCAGGUGUCCCCACAAGGUUCAUCCUCAGGCUCUACACAGACGUGCCCUCAAAGCUCAGGGAGCUGAAGGCAGACAGGCCUGAAAUGACGUGUUGGAGUCUUCUUUGUGGCUACCCACGCAGAGUCACCCAAAUCAAAGUCCACUCUGCAGAGGGAUUGCAGAAACAAGACACAUCAGGAGGAGCAGAUCCCUACGUGCUCAUCAAGUGUGAGAACCAAAGGCGGCGCUCCCCGGUGCAGCACGACACCACCAGCCCCGUGUUCAACAUGCAGGUGAUCUUCUACAGGAAGGACAUCGACAGCCCUGUCACCAUCCAGGUCUGGAACAGCGGCCUCCUGCGCGACCGGUUCCUGGGGCAGGCGGUGCUGGCAGCAUCCCCCGGUGAGCCCCGGCAGCAGCGGAGGCUGCGGCUGCGGGGCAGGGGCGGCGGGGAAGCAGCCGAGCUGCCGGGACACAUCAGCGUCACGGUGCUGUGCAGCGAUGACCUCGCCGAGCUCUGAGGGCUCCGACGGCCUCGGCGCGGCCCCGCGGAGCCGGACGGAGCUGUCGCCCCGCGGCAGCCCGGAGCGCAGCGUGCGCGUCAGCAUAAUCGCUUUAAAAGGAGGGGAGAAGCCCUCCAGCUCUCCGCGUUGUGGAUGGUAAUGGGCGGAGAGGCGUCGGGAGAAGGGGAAAUGCGUGUUUAUAUAUAUCUAUGCUCGUGCGGUGCGCACGGAAUGCUGGCAGAUCGGUUCGUGAGGGUGUGAGCAUCUCCCCAGCAGCAUCGGUGGGGAUGCAGGCGGGAAUGGCUGCACCAUUCCACCAGCAGCGUGGGGACUGGCAGGUACAAGGGGCAUUUCUUGGGGAUUUUUUUUUCUUUUUGCUCCCCCCUCGCACAGAAGGAUAUAUUUUUAUUUUAUUUUAUUUUAAAUGAAUUUCACUACAGAUUAGGUGUUUCUACUCCUUGGUGAAAAUGUGGCUCCUCGAGGAGCUCAGUCAUGGCUCGUGGCCUUAAGACCAGUCUUGUAUUAAAACAGAGGAGCAGAUCUUGCAGUGCCUGCUUGAACAGCACAGCAAAUAGGAGCUCUGUCCAACCACUUUCUGAUCCUUCUCCACCUGGAGCUGGUCACUCACAGCUUGGUGCCUCUGUCCAAGGGCACCUCACAGUUCACCUGUGGCUUUGCCCAGAGCACAGAUUCAGUAAUGGGAGCCUCCUUGCUUUGUUGAAGCCACAUAAUGCUAAAACAAAGGAACAACAGCCCUCUUGUUUUGGUAGAUGUAGCACCAGCCUGAAGGAGGAGAAAAUGAGCUCAUGGGUGGGUUUGUAAAAGCAGGGCACUGUUCUCUGGCAGGUGUCAGGCCUCACUCUCAAAAUUCUGCAGUGAUUUAUUGCUGUCACGGCUGAUGUUUGAUGGAGUUUCACUCGAGUACCAUGGAGGAUGGGUGAUAUUUCACAUUUCCCUCACAGCAGGGGCCGGGUGCCAGCUCCUCCCUUCCCCUGCAGCCCGUGGCAGGGUUCCCUCAGCAGCUGCCUGGGGUGGGCACACUGGGCACUGACCCUGGCUCUCUCAGAAAUGGAUUUUACCCAGCUGCAGAUUCUGGAUGCUAAAGUGAAGCUGAAGGACUGCUCUGCCUUUUUUUUACAGCCAGGAAAUUUGGAUUCCUAUGUGCCUCGUAGCCACUUCAGCCACAUUGUGCAAUUUUUACAAUUUAUAAAAUGGCCCUUGACAGAGUUAACGUUUUCACAAAAGGUUUUGAAGUCUCCUCAGGGCUCCAAAGGGAUCAUUGCUGUGGUAGGAAAAUGCUUUCUCUGACGUGCCAGAGUUGGGCUGUGGGGCUGUGAAUGAUGCUGCAGUGCCAGCUUUGUACCAAGGGUGUAAAUCCAGCUCUUUUCAGACAGUUUGGGCUCAGGCCAUUUGGCACAGCAGAGAUCUUGUCAGAGGUGUGAACUACAAGCCCCACAGGCAAGUGACAUUCUCUGCAAGCUCAUGGUUUCAGGGCUGCUUACUCUCAGAAAUGUUUAUAAACUGAGAACUAUCUUUUUGAAGCAUAAAAGCUCAUGCAGACCAGAGCUUGGCCGAGGGGUACUGCAAAUGCCAGGGCUGCACUGAGACCUGUUUGCUUUGCUUUUCCUCACACACUGUCCCAGGCUUUGGGAUCUGCUUCCUGCAGUGCUCCCUAUGGGAUGGGGCCAUUCCCAGAGCUUGGCUUGCCCAAGGCUCAGUGUUUAGCCUGAAAAAUUCCACUCCGAGCUGGCUCCAGAGGUUCGUGCCUCCCUGCCCCACGAUUUGGCUGAGAAAGCUCCUGAGGGCACAAAGCCACCGCAGCUCUGAGCUGGAGGGGAGUCUCGGCUCUUUCCUUGGAGCCCCACAGCCCUGGCCCCAGUGCCGGCACCACCGCCCUGUUCCAGCCUCUCUGGAGGGUUCUCCCCAUCAUCAGUGGGACAGAGGGAGCGUGACCAGCACUUCCAGGGCGUGUACAGCCUGGCAAAGUGGGCAGCCAGGCUGGGAGCACACACACGGGGACUUUCAGGCCUUGCUCUUCGUGCCAGCUCCGGACAUUCCCGCAGUUUGUCGCCGUGGCGUGGGGACAGGCGCUGCUGGCCAGCGCUGCCCUGAGGGACUGCAGCAUGCCUGGACCUCUGCAUUGGUCAGUUUGGGGAUCUCUUUGGUUUUCCCAUCAGGAGGAGCUGAUCCAGCCUGGGAACACAGCUGGUUUACAGAUGCUUCUGCCUUCCCAGGCUGACAGGGGCUUGUGCUGCUGCCUGCUCCUAACGUCGUUAGUUAAAAUUGUUAAUUUCUUAGUAAUUAAUAUCACCAUGUGGGAACGCACAUGUGGUUUUUUGGGAGGUGGGAAGGGCUGCACGCACGCACGCACUCGAAAAUGAAAACAGGUGGGAAACGGGUGUAAAAUGUUUCAAUCCAACCUUUUGUAACUUUUCAAUACGA